CGCUCUGCAUUAUCUCACCACCCGUCUCUCAUUGUCUCUCCUCCCCCUGCUGAUCGUCUCUCCUUAUCCCUUCUGACUCCAUUCUCUUGCUAUAUACUACCUAAUUUCACCAUACUAUAUUCAAUGUAAUCUUUUUUGUUCUUGGCCCGUUCUUCACCUUCCUUAGUCCCCAUGAACGAGAAUGUCUAAUCUCUCGGAUGCGCCACUUCCUCACACCCAAUCCCUUCGCCGGUCUGCCACCCUUCCCUCGAAACUAAACCCCCGGCGUCGUCGGCAGUCGGAGUCACUGAAGCCAUCGGAGAACGAUCUAUUCUACCACCCAUCCGCGAAAGUCGUCCAUUUUGCCCCUAGAGCGCUCGCUCCCAUCCCCUCUAGCACUUCGCCCUCGGACUUUGAUUACCCGGUCGACACCGUUGAAACCCUUCCUUGGAGAUCCCCUACAGAACGGACGGUCGCUCUCGGACCGCUCCGGUUGGAAAAUGUUCACGGCCUUACCGUCUUUCUCAAGUGCGGCAAUGUCGUGCAUGCGAUUCUCAAGAACUCGCAAUGUUGGUGUGUCGACGGCGAGUCGACCUUCGUCUUGCGCAUUCGUCCUUUGACGUACUAUCGCAUCGAGCUACCUACUGAAACAGAGGACGACCAAAUAUUGGUCGUGGGGAUGAAAAAGGUCCUACCAAAGGUUCUUCGUUAUGAGGUGACCCCUUGCCCUUUCAAGAGGGGGUUUACCGUUGAGAUACCGGAGGAGGCCAAAGCCCCCAGAAGGAAGAGAGCAUGGCGCCCCAAAGGACGUCGGGACAGCGCUCCCAUCACUCCAAGCUAUCAUCAGGGCGAAAUCCAACACAAAGAGGAGCUUGCAAAAGACCCUGCGAGUGCCGGGGAAGACACGGAUGGAGAUGCGACAGAUGACAGCGGUUUCACCACGAAGGGCAGUAACAGUACCAUUUUGGAGACUAUCCCGGAUGAUAACGAAUCCCCUGAACUGCCUCAGACAUCUGAACCAGUGGACCUGCCCGGACGCUCAGUACACGAAACAGAACAGAGUUUUCAGACCUUGCUGGCAAGGUUUGAGGAUUACUCCGAACAACAGGUUGAUCCUGAAAUGAUGUUCUCAUCGAGCGUCGAAUCUUUCCAUUCUCUUGGGCCCUCAUUAUCUACAUUACCGGACCUAGACGCGUGCUCUACGCCUACAUCGAUUGAAGGUACCGAGCAAUUUCAGACCGAAUAUAGCGAUAAUCAAUCACCGUCAGAAGAACACCCCUUUCGGGAGACAGACCGCUCCAGGGACAGACUAUCCGUGUAUGUGGACUGUUGGGAUGACUUGUCAUCUGCACCGCAAGAUCUGUCGAGAGACUUUUCUCCUGAGCGGGAAGCCAAACCGAUCCCGAACGUAAUUCCCGACGUUCAACAGCCGGCUGUAACCCGCAAUGGCGCGGCCGCGACCACCGAUUCGAACCCAAAUCUCAGCAGCAUGAGCGUGGAGUUCCGCCGGCGCUCCAAGGCAUCCCGCGAGCGAGAAGUUUCCCCGAUGCCACCGGCGUCCUCACUGGCAAUUGCGAGACCCGAGAAACACGAUGCGGCGUCUCUCAUUCAGAAAACUUGCACGCUUGUCCUGGUCCCCCCUAUUCAACUACUGAUUGUUCUCAUUCAUGUCGCCGCGCGCAUCGUCAUCGGCCCCGCUUUGAACUCCGCCAUAGGCGAUUUGAACCGGAAUAUCGAGUAUGAAGUCACUGGUUCUCAGGACACAGUGGAUGAUUUCGAUCUCCCUCUUCCUGAUCGAUCUAGGGCGUCGUCUGCCGAUGAGGAUACCAAAAACUGACAUCUGUACCGACUUGAGUUUGCGCGCCCUUACCGUCUUUCAUUCCGCCACUCUUUUUCCGCUGUUCAUGUACCUGCUGUAUUCUCCGCUGAUGAUUUGCUCGAUUCCCUCUCAUGUAUUCUUCCAACUACGAUGACGCAUUUGUAUGAUCUCACUUUAUAUCUGUCUCUCCAUCUAUUCCCUUUGGUUCGGCAUCUGUACGGAUUGUGGGUGGGCUAUCUCUGUAUCUUGCACUGAAUAUGUACCCGUGUAAUGUUUUCUUUGUAUUCUAGCGAUAUCAUAAAACCGGCUCAAAAUUGUUAAUCCGGUAUAUCAUCACCCUAUAAGCAUGAUUAGUCUAGUA